AUGUCGCUAGACCUCCACAACAGGAUAGUAUUGGCGGCCGCGGAGGCGAUGGGCUCCAACCAUCUGUGGCAAAAGGAGGCGGUGUGGGAGCCGAAAACCAUCGUCGAGUGCGGAUGGUGCCACAUGCUUUUCGCAGCGGAUCAGAAAUUUAACUGCGUCGAGUUCGGGUACCUCUACGAUUCGGAGGGCGGAAUCGGCCACCGGGCUAAGCGGUGGCUGCUCACGUCCUGCAAGUGCGAGGGACUCAUAGGCUUCUGCAUCAACCUCGUCUUCGAGUUCGCCGAGAUCCGCGGUGCCGUAUUCGACAUCGAAGGCACGCGUGAGACGACUGUGAACCUGCCGUCUGACUGGCGCUUGCUCAACAUGACACCCUCGGACUACAGACAAGUCCGUCGUCGUAUCAGGGCCCGGGCUCGGUAUCAUGGGGUUCCCAUUUCCGCAAUGGGUGAGGGGAGGAUGAACCUGGCCAGGAGACGUGGCAGGCAGCCUCCCAGGCCGGUCGCCAUCCCCAACCCGGACAUGGAUGAGCAGGCUGUGCGGGGACGUGCGUAG